AUGGAGACCGAGAAAUCCCGCGCCGACCUGGCGGAAUCCAUUGCCAAGUCACGCCAGGGCGAGCUGGAGGCGGCACAGCAGCUUGCUGACAAGGCCAAGGCGGCGCUGCAGAGCGUGCGCCAGGAGCUCACCGCGGAGUGCUCCGCCGCCAAGGCACAAGUCGAGGUCGAGCGCAAGUUGGCCAUUGAAGCCGAGGAGACUGCCGAGAAGUUCCGCUUGGAAGCGCAGGCCGCGCGGGCAGCAGAGCAGCAGGCACGCAUCGCAGAGCAGGAGGACACCCUGGACACGAAGGUGGGUCUAUGA